AUGAGGCAUCCACUCCUCCAAGUGGUCCUAUUACUGUUCAUCUGCGGUGCUGUGGCCGGACCCGCAUACGCCUGUAAUUACGAUGAAAUCAAAAAGAAGAGUGGUUCUCCUGUCGUUGUGGUGAGAGAAGUACCGAAGAGUGGACAGGGCGCUUGGCAGACGUACACCGUGGCGACAUCUGAAGGUAAUGAGAAUGAUGAUAAAUGGGAACCACUGCGCAUCAAUGUAUCCUAUGAAAAUCUGAAAGAGGAUAAGUACUGUGUAAGAGAGAAACAAGAGCUCAGGGAUAUGUUGAAUGGCGAAACUGUUCCGUGUGCCCCUUAUGAAGUUAUAGACGAAAAAAAGAAAAAUACAAUCACCAACAAAAUUCUACCUGAGGCUAUCAAAUUGCACACUGAUCGUCUCCUCGUUCAGCGGAUAAAAACACCUUGGAAAGUACCAAAGUUCAAUGAAAGUUCUGUUUGUUCCAACUUCACAAGUCCAGGUGACCAUACAUCUCAGGAUGUGCAAGACGCUGAUUUUUUGUUGUACGUGGCUGCUGGACCGAGAGAUGAUUAUGCGUCUGCAACCUGGGCUGUAACAUGUGCUAUUGAUGGUCAAACUAAUCGUCCAAUGGUUGGUGCCAUGAAUAUUCAUCCAAUGCAUGCAGAUUUUACACGAGCUUAUGUUCGCUUUAUUGCACAUCAACUCGCACAUGCUCUUGGUUUUGACUACGAAAGGAUGAAGUGGCGUGGAGUGACAAGAGAUAGUAGCCGUCAUGAGAAAGACCGCGUGUUGAUUGACUCUGAAAAAGUACUGGAAAAGGCAAAGGAACAUUAUAACUGUGACAAGCUAACAGAAGUUGAGUUGGAACAUAAAGCUAAAGGGGUUACAACAUCUCACUGGAAUCUGCGCAACACAAAGGAUGAGUUGAUGAGUAUGCAUACUUCCACUGGAGCGAUUGAGGGUAUUGGAUAUUACACUGCACUGACAAUUGCAUCAUUUGAAGAUUUGGGAUUUUACAAGGGAAAUUUCAACAUGUCUGAACCAAUGAGUUGGGGAUACCAUGCUGGUUGUGAGUUUCUCAAGGCUACUUGUAAAGAGAAGGACAAGCCCGUAGCUGAUGGUAAAUCCUGCAGUCCGUACAAAGCAGGUUCCUGUACAUCCGAUCGCUUGGGUGUGGCAAAAUGUGUUUCAUCCAAUAGAAAGAACGGGAACCCCAUCUGUCCCAUCCUCAAGCUAAAUGACAGCUUUUACUGUACCGCAACAAGAUGGGGAAUCCCUAAUUAUUGGCCAGGGCUACAUGGAGAUAAUUCUUGGUGUUUGGAUGCUGAUGAUCUGACAUUUAAUAGCGACAAGGGAGAAAGUGUGACUAUAAAUGGCAUGUGCACGGCAGUGGACUGCAGUGAUGAUGGCGUUGUUAAGGUACAACUUAAAAAGGAUGGUGAAUGGUACAAUUGCCCAAAGGAGGGGGGUGAAAUUAUUCCACUAAAUGGAACAGACAAACUUUCGUACGUGAGUGGAAGCAUAAAGUGUCCUAAAUACGAUGAAGUGUGCACUUUGAGAUUCAAUGGAAGCAGUCGUCUGAGGCUCCAAGUGGAGGAAGAGAAACAAAACACACCAGCAACCGAAGAGAAUGUUGUAAACGGCACAACUGACACCACUGCUUCAGAUCUCCCUCCGUCCACUGCUGUUUCGGAUAACCAGAGUCUGCCAACCAAUACAGAAGAUAGUGAUCACAGAACUACAACCACACCAACUACUGCAGAACCGAAUAAUGCUCAUACCACAGGGAGCAGUACUACUGACUCUACAACACCAACUGCUACAGUAAAUGAUAAUGGUAAAACCACAGGGAGCAGUACUACUGACUCUACAACACCCCAGGUAUCCGUUGACCAGAAAAAUAACACCAUGAAUAUUGAAAUUGUCUCCUGGCCAGGUAAGGAUCAAAGCCAGGCUACAAAG